GAGGCUUCAGACAUCGGCGCCAUUUAAAGCGGAGAGUUUUUCCCGGGCGGACGCGCUCCUUCUGCUCGGCCAUUCCGUACUCCCUUCUUCGCUGACAGAAGGCGCCUAGUGGGGUGACUGCUCUUUUUCUCUCCCUCUUCCCCUCCUCCCAGUUCUUUCGGUCUCCUCUCCUCCUGGCCGGAGAAGUAGCGGAGCCCGGGCCCCGCGGUGAGCGGCCCUCCCCUCCCCACAGUUCCCUCCCUCCUCUGCCCCCGGCGCCGGCCUGAGAGGGGAAGAGGUUCGCCAGGCCCGGGGCGGGCGGGGAGGCCUCGGGGACGGGGGGGGCCGCUCCUCAGGCUUCGAGGCUUCGAGGCUUCGGCCCUCCGCAUCUAGUGAUGGGCGCCCUCUGAGACUGGUCCCCUCUCCGGGGCGCGUGCUGCCUGAGGCGGCGGCCGAGAGAGAGAGAAAGAGAGAGAAGGACCGGGAACCCGGGCCGCGGCCCUCCUUCCCCUGCGCGGCCCCUCCCACUCCUGUGCCCCGGGCUGCCACCGCCCGGCGUCGGGGCUCGUCCCUCGCGCGCUGUGCCUCCGCCCUCAGGGCCUAUCCCGCCGUGCUCGGCGGGCGGGCGGGCCGGCCGGCGGCGGCGGGAGCUUAGCCAUCUUCACUUGGGUCGCAUCCUCUCGCCCGGGAGCCCAUUCCGCGCCCUGCUCCUCAUGACUGCGGCGCUUCUGCUGCCACAGCCCUACCGGCCUCCGCUCGCUGCAGGAUGGAUGCGGACUGUGCGGCGCUAACCCCCGUGGCUCCGCUCCCUCCUAGCCCGCCGACGAGCCCGCCCCGUGAGCCGCAGCAGCCUCGGUGCCAGCAGCAGCAGCAGCAGCAGCAGCAGCAGCAGCCGCCGCAGCAGCCGGACUCAGUGUCCCGCGUCGCCCUCGGGGCGCCUUGUCAGUGCUGAGUUGGGAGUCGUCCGGUGGUUCCGAGCCCGCCGUAGGAGCGCUGCCCAGCACUUCUUGGUGGCUUCACCGGGCCACCCUUUCCCCUUUUCAUUCAUAAAUCCGAGCCCGCGUUCUUCACUCCACCGGACCGACCAUGUCUGACGGCGCCGCCGAGAAGCAGAGCGGCACUCCGGGCUUCCUUACGCCUCCGGCGCCCGUCCCCAAGAAUGGCUCAAGCUCCGAUUCUUCCGUGGGCGAGAAACUGGGGGCCACGGUCGGCGACUCCGGAGUUGGCAGGACGGAGGAAUAUCGGCGCCGCCGGCACACUAUGGACAAGGACAGUCGUGGGGCGGCCGCCACCACCACCCCCACGGAGCACCGAUUCUUCCGCCGAAGCGUCAUCUGCGACUCCAAUGCCACCGCGUUGGAGCUGCCGGGCCUCCCUCUCUCUAUCCCGCAACCUACUGUACCCGCAGUGGUGCCCCAGAGUGCUCCACCCGAGCCUCACAGAGAGGAAACUUUGACCGCCACCGUUGCUUCGCACGUGUCUCAGCAACCCUCGGCUGCUGCCUCCCCUGGGGAACAAGCCGUCGUAGGCUCGGCCACCACGACCGUCCCCAGCAGUACCAGCAAAGACCGCCCGGUGUCCCAGCCCAGCCUCGUGGGGAGCAAAGAGGAGCCACCGCCGUCCAGAAGUGGAAGUGGCAGUGGUGGCGCCAGCGCCAAAGAGGCGCAGGAGGAUAGGAGCCAGCAACAGGAUGACAUCGAAGAACUGGAGACCAAGGCAGUGGGAAUGUCCAAUGACGGUCGCUUUCUCAAAUUUGACAUCGAAAUUGGCAGAGGCUCCUUUAAGACGGUCUACAAAGGUCUGGACACCGAAACCACUGUGGAAGUCGCCUGGUGUGAAUUGCAGGAUCGAAAGUUAACAAAAUCUGAAAGGCAGAGAUUCAAAGAAGAGGCUGAAAUGUUAAAGGGUCUUCAACAUCCCAAUAUUGUUCGAUUCUAUGAUUCCUGGGAGUCCACAGUAAAAGGGAAAAAAUGCAUUGUUUUAGUGACUGAACUAAUGACAUCUGGAACACUUAAGACGUACUUAAAAAGGUUUAAAGUGAUGAAAAUCAAAGUUUUAAGAAGCUGGUGUCGGCAAAUCCUUAAAGGGCUUCAGUUUCUCCACACACGAACUCCACCAAUUAUUCACCGGGAUCUUAAAUGUGACAAUAUCUUUAUCACUGGCCCUACUGGCUCAGUCAAGAUUGGAGACCUUGGUCUGGCAACUCUAAAGCGGGCUUCUUUUGCCAAGAGUGUGAUAGGUACCCCAGAGUUUAUGGCUCCUGAGAUGUAUGAGGAGAAAUAUGAUGAAUCCGUUGAUGUUUAUGCUUUUGGGAUGUGCAUGCUCGAGAUGGCUACGUCUGAAUAUCCAUACUCAGAAUGCCAAAAUGCUGCGCAGAUCUACCGUCGAGUGACCAGUGGAGUGAAGCCAGCCAGUUUUGACAAAGUAGCAAUUCCUGAAGUAAAAGAAAUUAUUGAAGGAUGUAUCCGACAAAACAAAGAUGAAAGAUAUUCCAUCAAAGACCUUUUGAACCAUGCCUUUUUCCAGGAAGAAACAGGGGUACGGGUAGAAUUAGCAGAAGAAGAUGAUGGAGAAAAGAUAGCUAUUAAAUUAUGGCUGCGUAUUGAAGAUAUUAAGAAAUUAAAGGGAAAAUACAAAGACAAUGAAGCUAUUGAGUUUUCCUUUGACUUGGAGAGGGAUGUGCCAGAAGAUGUUGCUCAAGAAAUGGUCGAGUCUGGUUAUGUCUGUGAAGGUGAUCACAAGACCAUGGCUAAAGCUAUCAAAGAUAGGGUGUCCUUAAUUAAGAGAAAACGAGAGCAGCGGCAGUUGGUUCGAGAAGAACAAGAAAAAAGAAAACAAGAAGAGAGCAGUUUCAAACAGCAGAAUGAACAACAAGCAAGCGUUUCCCAGGCAGGAAUCCAGCAGCUUUCUGCUGCUAGCACUGGCAUACCCACUGUUCCCGCCACUUCUGCUUCAGUUUCUACACAGGUAGAACCUGAAGAACCUGAGGCAGAUCAACAUCAACAGCUGCAGUAUCAGCAACCUAGUAUAUCUGUAUUGUCUGAUGGAACUGUUGAUAGUGGUCAAGGAUCAUCCGUAUUCACAGAAUCCAGAGUGAGCAGCCAACAGACUGUUUCCUAUGGUUCCCAACAUGAGCAGGCACAUUCUACUGGCCCAGCACCAGGACAUACAGUUUCUAGUAUCCAAGCACAAUCUCAGCCCCAUGUGGUGUAUCCACCCUCAAGUAUGCCUCAGUCCAUGGCGCAUCCGUGUGGGGGGACCCCAACAUACCCAGAAUCACAGAUAUUUUUCCCAACUAUUCAUGAACGUCCAGUUUCUUUUUCACCACCUCCCACCUGUCCACCGAAAGUAGCCAUUUCCCAACGACGUAAGAGCACCUCCUUCCUGGAAGCCCAAACUCGCCACUUCCAACCCCUGCUGAGGACUGUUGGUCAAAAUCAUCUUCCACCUGGUAGCAGCCCAACUAACUGGACACCAGAGGCCAUAGUUAUGUUGGGUACUACAGCCAAUAGAGUAAAUAGAGAGCCAUGUGAGAUGCAGGUCCAGCCUGUGUUUGAGCCAACCCAGAUUUACAGUGACUAUAGACCUGGACUAGUACUGGCAGAAGAAGCUCACUAUUUUAUUCCUCAGGAAACAGUAUAUCUAGCUGGGGUGCAUUACCAGGCCCAGGUGGCAGGACAGUAUGAGGGCAUUUCAUACAACUCACCAGUACUGUCAAGUCCUAUGAAACAGAUAACUGAACAGAAGCCAGUGCCGGGGUGCCCUGCCUCAAGUUCUGUCUUUGAAUUUCCUUCUGGACAGGCUUUCCUGGUAGGACACCUUCAGAAUUUAAGAUUAGAUUCUGGACCAAGUCCAGCAUCACCCCUCUCUAGUAUUUCUGCGCCUAACAGUACAGAUGCUACACAUCUGAAAUUUCACCCUGUCUUUGUACCUCAUUCUGCACCAGCUGUGUUAACUCAUAGCAAUGAGAACAGAAGCAACUGUGUAUUUGAAUUUCAUGCUCAAACACCAAGUUCUUCAGGAGAAGGAGGUGGGAUUUUACCUCAACGUGUUUACCGAAAUCGACAGGUUGCAUUGGACUCAAAUCAGGAAGAACUGUCUCCUCAGUCAGUUGGAUUACAUUGCCACCUGCAGCCUGUUACUGAAGAACAGCGUAAUAACCAUGCCCCAGAAUUGACCAUUUCUGUGGUAGAACCUAUGGGACAAAUCUGGCCAAUAGGAAGCCCAGAAUAUUCCAGUGAUUCCUCUCAAAUUACUUCUUCAGAUCUCAGUGAUUUUCAAUCACCUCCCCCUACAGGGGGAACAGCUGCACCUUUUGGCUCUGACGUCUCAUUGCCCUUUAUUCGCCUGCCUCAGACAGUGUUACAAGAAUCCCCACUAUUCUUCUGUUUCCCCCAAGGAACCACAUCUCAGCAGGUCUUAUCUGCUUCAUAUUCUUCAGGAGGAUCUACACUCCAUCCACAGGCACAGGGGCAGAACCAGGGCCAGCCAUCAAGUAGUUUGGCAGGGGUUCUAUCUUCACAACCUAUCCAACAUCCUCAGCAGCAGGGAAUACAGCUAACUGUUCCUCCUCAACAAGCAGUACAGUAUUCACUUCCACAAGCAGCAUCUUCCAGUGAAGGUACUACUGCACAGCCAGUGAGUCAGCCUCAAGUGUCAGCUGGAACUCAGGGCUUCCCAUCUCGACUGCCACCACAAUACCCAGGAGAUUCAAAUAUUGCUCCCUCUUCCAACGUGGCUUCUGUUUGCAUCCAUUCUACAGUCCUAGCCCCUCCUUCUAUGCCGACAGAAGCAUUGGCCACCCAAGGUUACUUUCCUACAGUAGUGCAGCCUUAUGUGGAAUCAACUCCUUUGGUUCCUCUGGGCAGUGUAGGAGGCCAGGUUCAAGUGUCCCAACCAGCAGUGUCUUUAACGCAACAACCCCCUACUACAUCCUCCCAGCAAGCAGUUCUGGAGAGUACACAGGGAGUCUCUCAGACUGCUCCUUCAGAACAAACUCCAAUAACACAGUCACAACCUACUCAGCCUGUUCCAUUGGUUUCCUCUGUAGACAGUGCACAUUCAGACGUUGCUUCUGGUAUGAGUGAUGGCAAUGAGAAUGCUCCAUCAUCCAGUGGGAGGCAUGAAGGGAGGACAACAAAACGACAUUAUCGAAAAUCCGUAAGAAGUCGCUCUCGGCAUGAAAAGACUUCUCGCCCAAAACUGAGGAUUUUAAAUGUUUCAAACAAAGGAGACCGAGUAGUAGAAUGUCAAUUGGAGACUCAUAAUCGGAAAAUGGUUACAUUUAAAUUUGACCUAGAUGGUGACAACCCUGAAGAGAUAGCAACAAUUAUGGUGAACAAUGACUUUAUUCUAGCAAUAGAGAGAGAGUCUUUUGUGGCUCAAGUGCGGGAAAUUAUUGAAAAGGCUGAUGAAAUGUUAAGUGAGGAUGUCAGUGUGGAGCCUGAGGGUGACCAGGGAUUGGAGAGUCUGCAAGGAAAGGAUGACUAUGGCUUUCCAGGUUCUCAGAAAUUAGAAGGAGAGUUCAAGCAACCAAUUGCUGUAUCUUCCAUGCCACAACAAAUAGGUGUUCCUACCAGUUCUUUAACGCAAGUUGUUCAUUCUGCUGGAAGACGGUUUAUAGUGAGUCCUGUACCUGAAAGUAGGCUACGAGAAUCAAAAGUUUUCACCAGUGACAUAUCAGAUCCAGUUGUGGCCUCUACAUCUCAGGGCCCUGGAAUGAACUUAUCUCACUCUGCUUCAUCCCUCAGUCUCCAGCAGGCUUUUUCUGAACUGAAACAUGGUCAGAUGACUGAAGGACCCAAUACAGCACCUCCAAAUUUUAAUCACACGGCGGGACCAGCAUUUUCUCCCUUUUUGGCUAGCAUUGCUGGUGUCCAAACUGUAGCAGCAUCCACACCAUCAGUAUCAGUCCCUCUAACAAGCAGCCCUCUUAAUGACAUUUCCACAUCAGUGAUGCAGUCUGAGGCUGCACUGCCCACUGAAAAAGGCAUUGUGGGAGUUACCACCAGCACAGGUGUGGUAGCUUCAGGUGGUCUCACCACAUUGUCUGUGUCUGAGUCACCAACAUCUUCCAGUGCCGUUUCAAGUUCUACAGUACCUGUAGUUGUCACUGUGUCUACACCAUCCCAGUCAGUUCAGGCUUCCACAUCUGGGAGCAUUGUUUCUAGUACAGGCAGUUUUCCUUCUGGAACAUUUUCUACAACUACAGCUACUACAGUGGGUAGUGUGGCGACCCCAGAUGCUAAGCCUCCAACUGUAUUAUUGCAACAGGUAGCAGGCAAUACUGCUGGGGUAGCCAUAGUGACAUCAGUUUCUACCACCACUCCAUUCCCAGGCAUGGCUUCACAGCCAUCCCUUCCACUUAGUAGCAGCACCUCUGCUCCUACUCUAGCUGAAACAAUGGUGGUUAGUGCACACUCACUAGACAAGGCAUCUCACAGUAGUACAGCAGGAUUAGGUUUGUCCUUUUGUGCACCAUCCUCUUCUUCCUCCUCUGGGACAGCUGUGUCUACUUCUGUUUCUCAGCCUGGUAUGGUUCAUCCUUUGGUCAUCUCAUCAGCUGUAGCUUCUACAUCUGGCCUCCCCCAACCAGCAGUACCUACUUCUACACCUUUAUUACCCCAAGUACCUAAUAUCCCACCCAUGGUACAACCUGUUGUUAAUGUGCCUGCUGUACAGCAAACACUCAUUCAUAGUCAGCCUCAACCAGCUCUGCUUCCCAACCAGCCUCACACACACUGUCCUGAAAUAGAUGCUGAUACCCAAUCAAAAGCUCCUGGGAUUGAUGAUAUAAAGACUCUGGAGGAAAAGCUGAGAUCUCUCUUUAGUGAACACAGCUCAUCUGGAACUCAGCAUGCUUCUGUCUCCCUAGAGACACCUUUAGUAGUAGAGACGACUGUCACACUGGGCGUCCCUACCACUGCUGUAGCACCAAGUAAAGUCAUGACUUCCACUACAAGUACUUGCUUGCCACCAACCAAUUUACCAUUAGGAGCAACGGGCAUGCCAGUUAUGCCAGUAGGCACACCUGGACAGGUUUCUACCCCAGGCACACACGCUUCAGCCCCAGUCAGCACUGCAACAGGAGCAAAACCUGGAACAACUCCCCCAAAGCCAACUAAGACUGUGGUGCCGCCAGUGGGUACUGAACUUUCAGCUGGUACUGUACCCUGUGAGCAGCUGCCACCUUUUCCUGGACCUUCUCUAAUUCAGUCCCAGCAACCACUAGAAGAUCUUGAUGCUCAGUUGAGAAGAACACUUAGUCCAGAGACUAUUACAGUGGCAUCUGCAGUUGGUCCUUUGUCUACGAUGUCUUCAACAACAGUUACAGAAGCAGGGACUCCGCUUCAAAAGGAUGGCACAGAAGGUCAUGGCACAGCAACUAGUUCAGGAGCUGGUGUUGUUAAGAUGGGGCGAUUUCAGGUUUCAGUUACAAUGGAUGAUGCCCAGAAAGAACGUAAAAAUAGGUCAGAAGAUACAAAGUCGGUUCAUUUUGAAUCUAGCACAUCAGAGUCAUCAGUUCUUUCAAGUAGUAGUCCAGAGAGUACCCUGGUAAAGCCAGAGCCUAAUGGAAUUACUAUUUCUGGCAUCUCCUUAGAUGUCCCAGACAGCACCCAUAAAGCACCUACCCCAGAAGCAAAGUCAGAUGCAGGACAGCCUACCAAGGUGGGACGUUUUCAGGUGACAACUACAGCCAAUAAAGUGGGUCGUUUCUCUGUUUCAAGAACUGAGGACAAGGUCACAGAGCUCAAAAAAGAGGGACCAGUGACCUCUCCUCUCAGAGAUUCAGAACAAACUGUUAUUCCUGCUGUGAUACCAAAGAAGGAGAAGCCUGAGCUGGCAGAACCUUCCCAUCUGAAUGGGCCAUCUUCAGACCUGGAGGCUGCCUUUCUAAGUAGGGGUACAGAGGAUGGCUCAGGUAGUCCACACUCUCCCCCUCACCUGUGUUCAAAGAGCCUUCCCAUCCAGAAUCUAAGUCAAAGCCUUAGUAAUUCAUUCAACUCCUCGUACAUGAGCAGUGAUAAUGAGUCCGACAUUGAAGAUGAAGACUUAAGGUUAGAACUACGACGACUACGAGAAAAACAUCUUAAAGAGAUUCAGGACCUGCAGAGUCGCCAGAAGCAUGAAAUUGAAUCUUUGUAUACUAAACUGGGCAAGGUUCCCCCUGCUGUCAUUAUUCCCCCAGCUGCUCCUCUGUCGGGGAGAAGAAGAAGACCUACUAAAAGCAAAGGCAGCAAGUCUAGUCGCAGCAGCUCAUUGGGCAAUAAAAGCCCACAGCUUUCAGGUAACCUGUCUGGUCAGAGUGGAACUUCAGUCUUACACCCCCAACAGACCCUCCAUCCCCCAGGCAACAUCCCAGAGACUGGGCACAACCAGCUGUUACAGCCUCUUAAGCCAUCUCCCUCCAGUGACAACCUCUAUUCAGCCUUUACCAGUGAUGGUGCCAUUUCAGUACCAAGCCUUUCUGCUCCAGGUCAAGGGACCAGCAGCACAAAUACCGUUGGAGGAACAGUGAGUAGUAGCCAGGCUGCCCAGGCUCAGCCUCCUGCCAUGACUUCCAGUAGGAAGGGCACAUUCACAGAUGACCUGCACAAGUUAGUAGACAACUGGGCCCGAGAUGCUAUGAAUCUUUCAGGCAGGAGAGGCAGCAAAGGACACAUGAAUUAUGAGGGCCCUGGAAUGGCAAGGAAGUUCUCUGCUCCUGGGCAGCUGUGCAUUUCCAUGACCUCAAACCUGGGUGGCUCUACCCCCAUCUCUGCAGCAUCUGCUACCUCUCUAGGUCACUUCACCAAGUCCAUGUGCCCCCCACAGCAGUUUGGUUUUCCAGCUGCCCCAUUUGGCACUCAGUGGAGUGGAACAGGUGGUCCAGCACCACAGCCACUUGGCCAGUUCCAACCUGUAGGAACCACAUCCUUGCAAAAUUUCAACAUCAGCAAUUUGCAGAAGUCCAUCAGCAACCCCCCAGGUUCCAAUCUACGGACCACCUAGUCAGCAGCAAGGAUGUUAACUGAGUAGAUUUGGGGGCAGGAAAUUGAAUGCUGGGGGGUGGGGGGUGGGGAAGUAGCCUAUAUACUAACUACUAGUGCUGCAUUUAACUGGUUAUUUCUUGCCAGAAGGGAAUGUUUUUAAUACCAUUUUGAGCCCUCAGAAUGGAGAACCACCCUCCUUCUCCAUUUGUUAGAGUUAAAAAAGAAGGAAAGAACAGCUUUCUGGUGGAGGGGCUGCCUGAGACUGCUUUUCUGUUUUUGUUCCCACCAGUAAGGCCUAGAGCUAGAAGAGAGCCUUGUUACCAGAAAGCCCCAAGAGCUCAAUGUAAGCCAAACCCGAUAUAUAUCUGUAAGUGGGUAGAGCUCUUAAUUUUGACAUGUGUCCCAAAUUCCUUAUUCCCUCAACAAUGCACACCUUAAGACAAAGGUUCUCUCCCACUCUGAUCCCUACCCCCACUUUUUUUUUUUCCAUUUACAACCUAGUGAAAAAUACCAGGGGACUGGGGUUGCAACCCUUUCUUACAUAGGUCAUUAAUGCUUUAAGCAAAAGAUAUUAGCAGCUUUGACUGCAGCAUUAGCAAUUAGGGAAAACAAUGACGUUCCCUGCGGACAUGUAACUUUGCCAUCAGUUUUGAUGUGGAAACACUGUGAUAUAUAAAUGUUGUUGGACAACAUUAGUUUUAAGAGAAAAAUUUGAAAGAUUUAAAAGGUUCACACACACACAAAAGCUAGCUCUGUCCUUUACUUAUUAAGACACUUUAACUUUUUCCUUUGUAUUUCCAUUGUAUUAGAUAAAUAAAUGUGAAUGUAAAAUUGUAUAAAUUACUGUACUUGAAUACUUCUGUUCUCCCAGUAUUGCUUGCUGGAUAUUUUAGUGCCUUGGACUUCUAUUGCUUCUGCUAUUAGCAUCAACUUACCAGACCCCAGGUCACCAAAGGGUAUGUGGAAAGAAAUCUUAGGUCCACAUGACCCCAGCAGUGGAUAUGCCAAAGGGAAAAUGAAAGUGUUUUUGGUUUUGGUUUGGUUUAUUUUUUUGUUUUGUUUUGUUUUGGUUUUGGUUUUUUUCAGUUGUUUCAAUUUUGCCUAGAGCAGGUGUAAGGUGAGCACAGUGAAGUUGGCAUCAGUGGUUGAAAACAAAGUUCUGUUUCAGAAAGAAUGAGGAGGGUUGUGAGCUGUGUGAAAGACAAGGACUGAAGAUGGGACAAGCUUGUUUGAAGUGAUGCCUGGCCAGUGAACAAACAAGACCUAGAAGAGACCAAAUGAGGGGAGUGGGCUAGAUUUUAAGUUGGGAAGGAUGACAGUGCCAAGUCACAGAUGGAAAAUGUUGCUCUAAGGAAACCUGCUUGGUUGCCCCCGCCUCUUGUUGCACAAGUACCACACUUUCUCUGCUUUAAGUACUGUAUUGUGGGAAUUAGACCCACUUCUGACUUUCUAAGCAUUGUAGGAAAAAGUGCUUAUUUCCUUUCCUACCUGUCCAAAUGGCUGCACAGUCAGAAUCUAUUGUGCUGCCUGUACUUUUAGAACUAAUACUCUCACAUUUUCAUCCCCAUAUCCCCAAAUAACAGCAACCAACCAGUAUUAUCUGAUUUUCUGGCAAUAGGGACCUAAUUGGCUGUUUGGAUCUGAAUAUUCUGGAAAAGUGGAGAAAAAUAGAACUCAUUUCUUGGGUGCUUCCUCCUUCACCUUGAGUUGGAAACUGACACAUUUCCAACUUUAUGACACAUCCCAGGAGUUGCCACACUAGCAUGGCUUCUUCCUGUAAGAGUCCUGUUCUAUUUAAGUUGGUCGAGGCCCAAAGAUACAAGUGAGAGCUGAAAGUUUUAGGAGAGGGAAGUGUAAUGAGCAGGGCUUUUGUUUCAGGUCGUGCUACCAAAGUGUUGACUCAUUUAUUCCUUUUGGGAGAGGUUAAGAGGUAAGAGGUACUAUGGGAGUGAAGUGGGUUACAGGAUGACUGAGUGCUUCAUACCAGCAGUAGAGGGAGCCAAAUGCAGCAUGUGGUGUUUGGUUUAGUCAUUCUGAGGUCUGUGCCCCCUUCACAGAGGUUUACUUACUGUUGGUUCCCCCUCCUGUGGAUGAAAUAACUGAAGCCUAGAGAAACGAGCUAGUGCUACUGAACUGUUUAAAUUAUUUUUGUGUUAAUAGUACACUUUGAGUAUCUUUCCACAUUUAAAAAGAACUUUCCGAAUUAUAAAUGUUUUCCUUACGUUAUUUAACAAUAUACACUGUUUAAAACUGAAUUCAAACCUUGGGGUUUCUCAGCAGCCGUUAACUGUACAUUUGCACUAACUCCGGGGGUUGCGCUUCUGUAAGAUUGCGCUUUGUGCUUCAGUUUGUUACCUUUGUAGACUUAUUUAAUGAAACCAUUCAAAUAAAACCAAACUUGCUUUUGUUGAA